AUGAAGGCAUUCGAGGACUUGACUCCAAGCAGCAUCAAGGGCUGCAUACACAAGGCCGACAGGCAACUCAACAAGCUUGCGGCGUACAUCAAGGAGCAACCCGAAGGCGAUGCAAGUGAUAGCGACAGCGACCGCAGCGAUGGUACCAAAGGCGGCAGCAGCGACGGCAGCGACAGCAGCAGCAGCAGUAACGACUCAAGUAGUUCAGAAACAGUGAUGUAA